GCCACACAAGGGUGUGGUUCAAACGCACACACAAACUUCUCACGCGUUCCCUCUUGGACUCUUUCGCGGUAUUUUGGAUUUUCUCCUUUGAAAAGCAGCGAACAGCUCGACGUCGCCAUGGGGGCCAUGCAGUGUGUCAAAUACAUGGUGUUUGCGUUCAACUUCCUCUUCUGGCUGGCCGGCACCGGGGUUCUGGCCGUGGGCCUCUGGCUGCGUUUCGACACCCGGACCGCCGGCCUGUUCAACGGAGACGACUCGCCCACCGUCUUCUUCACCGGUGUGUACAUCCUGCUGGCGGCCGGCGCUCUGAUGAUGGUCGUCGGCUUCCUGGGAUGCUGCGGCGCCAUUAAAGAGUCGCCGUGCAUGCUGGGAUUGUUCUUCUUCUUCCUGCUCCUCAUCUUCGCUGUGGAAGUGGCUGCUGGGAUCUGGGGUCUCUCCAACAAGGACAGGGUGGUGGAAGACGUCACUGAGUUCUACAAGCAGACGUACAACAACUACAAAGACACCCGGCAGGAGGCGCUGAAGGAGACGCUGCGUCUCAUCCACUUUGGGCUCGACUGCUGCGGCCCGACGGGGACGGUGAUCGACGCCGCCAAAGACAUCUGCCCCAAGAAGGAGGGGCUGGAGAUGCUCAUCACCACGAGCUGUCCGGCUGCCAUCGACCAGAUGUUCAACAACAAGCUGCACAUCAUCGGGGGGGUCGGCAUCGGCAUCGGCGUCAUCAUGAUCUUCGGCAUGAUCUUCAGCAUGAUGCUCUGCUGCGCCAUCAAGAAGUCCAGGGACUUCGUCUGAGCCCCUGAACGCACCACGACUCUCCUCUUCCCGUAAUACCGCGUCAUAGUCUCGUAGUUUGCCGUCGGGCUCCGCGCAGCAGGACUAAUCGUUUGGCUUCGUACGAAUGUAACCGCUCAGUAAACCGAACCUUUAUUUUACCAAACGUCAUGACGUCACAGCAGGAAGAAAAGAGACUGCUGCCUCUGCUGCCCUCUGGUGGACGUUGAGAACAACGGCGAGCUGUUGGGAAACAUCAGUUUAGUGUGUAAAAUGUAUAAAAAGUUGGCCUAACAGGCUUUUUGCAGCUGACUAAAUUUUAGUGUUACUUUUUAUUUUUGUUUAAUUUUGCUCGUUCCUGAAAGUUAUAUGUUCAGAUUUUUUGUCUUCUUUUUAAAAAAAAGUUAAACUGGAGUUUUAUGCAAAUAUUUUGAUUGAAUGCAGUUCAGAGUUAUCUUUAAAAUGCCAAAUAAAUGAACUCUUGAACAGUGAUUUGUGUUAAGAUGAGACGUGGUUGUUAAACAUUUCUCCUGAUGUCACCCAACUGACUUAUUAUUAUUAUUAUAUAUUAAACGUUAUUUGAUUGGUAAAGUAUAUUUUUACUGAGCACCAGUUUUUCUUGGGUCUUUACAAUCUGUAUGUUCUCUGUAACUUUACUCAAUAUACACAUUAAAUUGUAAUAACAUCC